GAGAGGCUGGCAGGGUGAGAUAGCUCCGUAUGUACGCAACCAUCCCAACCCAACACCGCAAACACGCAAGAACGACGGCUCGUCCUCCAAGGGUGCCACCAAGCCUGCCCUAUAGUAACUAUGCGGCUAGUAGUAGCCAUCGUGUCACGCAGCUUGUAAGUCUCAAGAUGGCAUUAUUUUCGGAAAAUGGCAACAUACUAUUGUUGGAGUAGCCCGACGACUCUAGUAACAGUAGAAACUCACUCCUCGGCAAUUCUGCGAGACACGCUUUCAACCGACUCGUUGAGGUGCGACAGAAUCGCCAUUACCACUAAUAACUUAUAAUGCGGCCCGUCCUCCUCUUGCGCUCACGACUACUACUUCUACCACUUCCCUGGAAAUGUCCAGCAAGUUGUCCGGAAGUCCAAAGCUGUGCAUCCAAGUCAGCCCUAGCUCUCCUUGUGUCGCAUACUGCUGCAGAGGACACCCUGAGGGAAUCUAGUCAUAACUGACCCCAGGGACUUUCAGCCUCUGCUCCGCCUGUGUGCUCUGAUCAGGUUCCAGCUGUGUGUGCCAAUCAGGUUCCAUCUCUGUGUGCCAAUCAGGUUCCAGCUGUGUGUGCCAAUCAGGUUCCAGCUUUGUGUACCAAUCAGGUUCCAGCUGUGUGUGCUCUGAUCAGGUUUCAGCUGUGUGUGCCAAUCAGGUUCCAGCUUUGUGUACCAAUCAGGUUCCGGCUGUGUGUGCCAAUCAAGUUCGAGCUGUGUGUGUCAAUCAGGUUCCAGCUGUGUGUGCCAAUCAGAUUCCAGCUGUGUGUGCCAAUCAAGUUCCAGCUGUGCGUGCCAAUCAGGUUCCAGCUGUGCCAAUCAGGUUCCAGAGCAGCUGCAGUACUCUUAUAAGUAACACACACUGCUGCAUGCUCGAACCCCUUCCGUGCUCUGGUUUUUCCCACCUGUGUGCGUUUCAUACGCAAGUAGAAGUGCCACCCGUUGCUGGGCCUUCCUCUCACUCAGAAUGGAGAAGUGCAUAUCGCCUUCUCGUGCUGCUGCUGCUGCUGCUGCCUCUGCAGACCCACCUACUGUGCUUGCUUGUGCAGCAUCAAAGGAAACCGCUACAGCUCUUAGCAGUUCAAUCAGGCUUUUCGGAGUUGGCAUCCCCGUGGAGUCCCGUUUCAUUCGAACCACCACCACUGCCACCUCUCCUGCCCCUCCUGCCACUGCUGCUGCCACAGAUCUAGCCAAUCCUGAUUCUCAUGCACCUUGUGCUAAUGGCAACACCACCACCGCCACCACCGCUGCUCAACCUGUUUCACAUGCCGCGAAUGGCCCGCAGGCUUCUCCCCCCUCUCUCAUCAUGUCUGAUCCCGGAACCAAUAUCGGGUCCAAAACCAGGUCCGAUAUUGGAACCCAUCUCGAAACCCGUCCCUUGUGCCGCCGCCCGCUCACAUCCUUCCAGCCGCGCAGUUUUCCCCGGUCUACUGCCACGGAUGCCACUCCUUUCCCUGCAAGGAAACGGCCGAGACUAGGCAGCACACAGAGUGACACGGACUUCCCUUCCUCGUGCUCAUCGCGGCCUUUGGCUGUGCAGACUCCCCUGCCAGCAUUGUCAGCAUCGCUACCAUCAACAUCUGCAGCAGUGGGACCAGUAUCACCACCAGCAGCAGCAGCAGCAGCAGCAGCAGCAGCAGCAGCAGCAGAAGCAGCCGCACCAGCAGAGGCAUCACCAGCAGCAGCAGUAGCCACACUCCCAGGAGCAGCAGUAGCAGCAGCAGCAGCAGCAGCAGCAGCAGCAGCAGCAGCAGCAGCAACAGCAGCAGUGCCAUCACCAUCGUCGUGCUCCUCAUCCUCAUCUUUUCUGCUCAGCACAUCCCCCAGCCUUCAGUUUCCUCCUCCUUCGCAUCCUCCUCCUGCCCCUCGUUACCCCUCUCCUCCCUUUCAUCAGCACUCAUUCCUGCCCAGCAUGAACAACAGCUUCGCAAUCUCUCCAAGAAGGGUCGCCCUAAAAGCUCACGCACCCACGCUGCUGCCACACUCUGUUGAAACCUGUGAUCGUAACGGGCGGCAAGGAGGGAGGCAAGGAGGGAGGCAAGGAGGGCGGCAAGGAGGGCGGCCAGAGACCUCCUUCCUGCCAAUUUCUUUUGAUCCGGCGGCUUUACCCUCACAGAUCUAUCAUGGCACAACGAGCAGCAGCACCACCACCACCAACAACAACUACAACAACUACAACAACAACAACAACAACAACACCAACAACAGCAACAGCAGCAACAGCAACAGCAACAUCAAUAGUAAGAGCAGCAAUAACGUUGUCCCUCUCCCGCCACACAACGCCCUCGCGUUCUUUCUCCAGCACCCGGCCUUUGCCUUUGCUGCUGGCCGCAGUAGCGAAGCAAGAAUGGGGCAUGAGAAGGCAGAAGCAGACGGAUUAGCAGGACAGGACACAUCAACAGGAGCAGCAUCAGCAGCAGCAGAAGCAGUUGCUGCAGAAGGGAUAGAGAAGGGUAUUGGGGAUGCUAUCCCCUUGAGUUUUUCUUCUAGAAACAUGUCCGCUUGUGUUCCAGUAUCAGCGUCUGUAGAUGUCACCACGAGUGAUGGGCGACAUGGCUCCAUUCAGGUGCACUGGCAGCAGCACAAGGAACAGCAGCAGCAGCAGCAACAGCCGCAGCCGCAGCAGCGGCAGCAGGAACAGCAGGUGCAGCAGCGGCAUUGCCAGCAGCAGCAGCAAGAUGAGGACGAGAAGGAGGAGAAGGAGGAGGUUGAGGAGGAGGAAUUACGGAGGAGGAUUCAAUCGUUCCGGCUACCAUGGGCGAACGACCAGCAAGCCCAGGUGCGGGGUGGGGAGGUGCCGGAUAAACACAACGACUUGCCAGCACCCGGUCAUAGCAGACUCACCCGUGAGCAGGAGCUGCACCACGCCUGGGGAAGAGGAGGAGCUCAGGUUCGGAGCACGGAAGCCGUGCCUGGCCUCUCUCUGGGCCUCGCCCUGCGUGCCACUUCACCCGCCCACCCGCUUUUCCCUUUCAAGGCCGCCCAUGCUGCUCCAGCUAACACUGCCGCCUUUGAUGUAGCAGCAGCAGCAGCAGCAGCAGCAUAUACCCCUGAAGCUGCGACUCAUGCUAUUGGCAGUCACAUUGCUCGUUCCAGGGCUGCUCGUGAUGCCCGUGUUGCAGCUGCUGCUGCUGCUGCUGCCGCUGCUGAUACCAGUGUGCCUAGUUCAGCGAUCUUUGAUACUGCCCGUGAUAGGUGGAGUGCCCCUAGUGCUUCCCCUGCUGAUGUCCCUGCUGCUGCCCCUGCUGCUGCUGCUGCUGCUGUCCGUGAUACCUGCAACGAAGGUGAAAGUGGCAGUGUUGGCAUCCACAGUGGUAGACAGCCGUGGUGGUUGGGUGGGCAGGAGGAGCAAGGGGCGGCAGCGGGUGAGAGAUUGGUGCAUCGGGAGAGAGAGGAGGGAGGGGGGCAUGCAGUAGGAGGGGGAGAGGGAGGAGGAGGAGGUGGAGGAGGAAGAGGAGGAGGAAGCGGAGGAGGAAGGGGAGUAGGAGGACAAUGGAUUGGUGUAGACAGAGGGCGAGGCGGAGUUAUGGGAAAAGAGCCUCAGCAGCAUGAUGAUCCGGGCCUGAGGCUGCUUGGGUCGGGUCAAAAGUCGCCCCACGAUGAUCCGGAUGGGUUGGAAAUGAGUCUUGGGAGGCUUGGGGGGGGGCUGAACGAUAGUACUCGCCACACAGGUGCCCUGCUGCAGAGAGCUACCGCACAGAGGGAGCGACGGAGCGACAGUUUGUGGGGCAACGCAGGCGUGGCUGGGAGCAACGAUGCCAUGCAGGGGAGGAGCAGUGAGGCCUGUGAUGCAGGGAAUGAUGGAGGAGGAAGGCGGAGCGGCCAUGGGUGGUUGGGUCUACAGGCUCGGUCCCUGGUGGCGCAUUCACUGGUGGCAGAGACGCUCGUGGCUCAGUCACUCGUAGCAGAGACACUGCAGCAGAGGCUGCUCGCUUCUGCUGCUGUCGCUGCCACUUCCCCUCGCUUUGGUGGUGCUGCUGGGCCGGCCGCUGCUGCUGCUGCUUCUACUGGUGCUGCCGGUGGUGGCGAUCUCAGGUGUGGUUUGGAAAGGGAGGUGGGAGCAGGAGCAGGAGCGGGGGCGAUAGUGAGAGAAGCAGGGGAAGGAGGAGGAAGGGCGUUGCAGCGUGUGCAAGCCAUGUGCUCGGGCUACUCCGGCAAUGUUGUUGGGGGUGAGCUUCGGGAGACAGAGGGGGGCCGAUUGGUGAUAGUGUGUGACUGCCAUGGCGUGCAGAUGUCCCUCACCCGCUUCACUCAGCACGCGGGCAGGGAGGAUCGCAACCCAGGAACGACCAUCUUCGUUGAGGGGCGCACACUGGCUCAGUGGCGGCGGGCCAGGCAGGGGACUGGGAGCAAGGGGCGCAAGGCAGAGGGCAUAGGGGCGCAAGGCAGGGAGCGUUAGGGGCGGAGGAAAUAAGCGAGGUUUUAGGAGGGAAGGGAAGGGAGGGAUGCAGAUGUGAUGGAAGAGGGGAGCAGGAUGGGAUAUGCAUGGGGGCUACAACACGUCCGCUGACAGGCAGAGUAUCGUUGCAAUGGAAGAACAAAUCAUGCGCUGGGUAGCAGUGGAUGGCCAGCUUAUGUGCACAGCAGUGGCUGGGAGAGGAAAACGUAAGAGCCCAUCUGUUGCAAAGAAAGCGCAACCGGCUCUUUCCUUUUCCUUGUUGUUCCCUCCAGUUUUCAGCACCGCCUGACUUGAUAGGGUUUGUAGCCUCGGUCUUUAGCUCAGCGGCCUUCUACUUCCCCUAAACCUUGAGUAUAACACUGUAUAAUGUACAAUUAGGCUUUUAGCAUACCGUAAAACCCCGGACAUAGGACCGGUUUUUUUUUAGUACCCACUGGGUCUCAAUAGCCACAGGCUAUAGUAGCGAAGGUGGGCCCAACUUUAACCUUUUGCGUCUGCAAAGGUGAGCUAAGUAUAGGAUGGCUGACUAGAAUUACUGUUGCGGAUUUCGGAUGGAAAGGA